AUGCCUGGAGAGUCAACGAAAGCGGCGGAGCCGGCCGCUGCCAACAGUCCCAGCACACCGAAAAAGAAGCCCACCAACUUAAAGGCGGCACUGGCGAAGGUUACACUGCUCGAUGGUUCGAUUCUGGAGGUGACCAUUGAUCGCAAAUGUCGUGGACGCGAUCUGCUGAACUCGGUAUGUGCCGGGCUGAACAUACUGGAGAAAGAUUACUUCGGCUUGACGUACCACACAGCAAACGAUCCGCGUACUUGGCUCGAUCUUGAGCGGCCGGUUACGAAAUUCUUCCGCUCCGAUCCGUGGGACCUUGCCUUUGAGGUGAAAUUCUAUCCGCCGGAACCAGCUCAGCUGCAGGAAGACAUCACGCGUUACCACCUGUGUCUGCAGGUGCGCAAUGACAUCUUGGAAGGACGUCUGCCCUGCUCGUUCGUAACACAUGCCCUGCUCGGUUCGUAUCUGGUGCAGUCAGAGCUUGGCGAUUACGAUCCGGCAGAGAUGAAGGAUCGUUCAUAUCUGAAGGAGUUCAAGAUCGCACCCAACCAAACACCCGAACUGUUGGAUAAGGUUAUCGAUCUUCACAAGACUCACAAGAGUCAGACACCGGCAGAAGCUGAGCUACAUUAUCUGGAAAAUGCAAAAAAGCUCGCGAUGUACGGGGUUGAUUUGCACCCGGCGAAGGAUUCGGAGGGUGUCGACAUCAUGCUUGGCGUGUGUGCAUCGGGUUUGCUCGUGUACAGAGAUAAACUUCGCAUCAACCGAUUUGCGUGGCCGAAGAUUUUAAAAAUUUCUUACAAACGAAACAACUUCUACAUCAAAAUCCGUCCCGGCGAGUUCGAACAGUACGAGUCGACGAUUGGCUUUAAGCUGGAAAACCAUCGUGCUGCUAAAAAGCUAUGGAAGGCGUGUGUCGAACAUCACACCUUCUUCCGACUGAUGACACCGGAACCGCAGCAAAAAUCGGGUCUAUUCCCCAGGCUCGGUUCAAAGUACCGGUACUCCGGUCGAACGCAUUAUGAAACGCGAAAAACACCUGUAGAGCGUCCGGCACCAGAUUUCAAGCGUAGCUUAACCGGAAAGAGACUUUCCAGCCGUAGUAUGGAUGCUCUAGCACAGCAAGAAAAGGAACGUGCCGCUGCGAAGGACGCGAACAAGGAUGCGAACAAACGGCACACAAUGUCCCAUCCACCGGAUCACAUCCCCGAUUUGGAUUCACCGACUCGCGGUUCCCGCAGCCCGAUCAAGAAGGAAAAGAAGGAACGUUUGAAGCGCGAGUCCAGCACUGGCACAGCGUCCGCCUCAUCGCAGAGCUCCCUCGAGGGAGAGUACGAAACCACAUCGCCAAACGUUGUUCCAGCACAGAAACCGGCGGGAGGAGUUGCCGUAUUGCCAGGCGCCGGAAAGAAAGACAAGCCUGAACAAGGCCCCCAGAAAGAGGAAGGCCUGAAUGGCAACAAUGGACAAGCUGAAGCGCUGAAUUCUUCCGCAGAAGAAGCAACGUCCCCAUCUGGCAAGCGCAAGGGAUUCCUGUUUUCGUCCGGUCGUAAGUCUCCCAAGGAGAAGAAAGAAACCGGUAAGGAGCAACCGGCUAAGGUGAUGGCCGCAGCAAACGGUGACGGCAGUGCGGGUAAAAAGGAUCCCGCGAAGGAAGCUGUUCAAGCGCGAUCGCAAGACGGAACGAACAAGCAGAUCACACCGGAGAAGCCCGGUUUUACCAAACCGUACGAAUACUCGGAAAGCGAACAAGAUCCUGCUGCUCAUAAAAAGAAUGUAAAGACUCGUGGCUUCCGCUACGACGAAGCACCGUUGCGCCAGAACGAGGAGAACGAACCGCAGCUGAGUCCCAACUCGCAGAGCCGCCGUGCGACCGGACUAGCAUUCAACUAUGCUCCGGGUGAAGAUCAGAAGGUACGCGAGUCGGUCGAAAAGCGUAAAGCACCGGGGUCCCCGGUAGCAGCAACGGGCAAGACUGACCAACUGUCACCAAAAACGGCUGCCAGAGGUCUGCCUGGAGAGACUGAUGCAGAGAAGGGCGUACGCACGAGCGCCCGAUCAUACUCGCCCAAUAAGGGACGACAAGGCGUCGAUCCGCUAGCGUCUGGUGCUGGUACGUUCCGUCCUUUGGAUGACACUAGUAAUGCGUUCAUUCAGGGCGAACAGGCUGGUACAGCUGCGGCCGCCGCUGCAGCUGCAGCCGCAGCUGCUGCUGAACCGACCAAGAAGAAGGUGAAAAUUAUGGUCAUCAUUUCUAAGUUUGAUCCCAAAACAAAGAAAGUCGAUACCGCGCAGGGCGUGGUGGAGCAUUCGACCGGUGUGCUGGAUACAAAGACGGGCCAGAUUGAGAGCAAAUACGGGCUAAUCGAUCCCAAGGCUGGUACGGUGGUCAAUUUUAACGCGCGCACCGGCCAGAACGAAACGUUCCAGGGUCAAACGGAUGCAAAAACGGGACAGCUACAUAUUGUUGGUGGUGUAGUAGAUUCUGCAAGCGGUAAAGUAGACGACACGCUCGGACAAGCAAUAAUGGUCGUACCGGAUGAGGAUUCGGUAGUGGAGAUCACAACUAUCACAUCCAAGGUUGAUCCUAACACCGGUAAAAUUGACACCAUCAAUGGAGAGAUUGAAAAGAGCCGCGGUAUUCUUAAUCAUCGCACCGGCAUCCUGAGCACCAAGUACGGAGACAUUAACCCACGCACGGGCGAAUUGCGCGCUAUUGAUCCAAAAACUGGCAAACCUUCGCCGGCAGCCGCCGCCGUUCGUUCAGUGACGGUUGACCGCAACAAUGGCCAAAUAACAGUCGUCGGUGUAACCGAUCCGAAGACGAAUAAGCUAGAUAACACACAGGCGCAUCUGAUUGCGAUCGGCAAUCAGGUCGAUCCGGUGGUGGAAGUAACCUCAGUACUCGGUAAGCUCGACAAGAAAGGCCUGGUCGAUCCGAAAACGAUUACGAUUGACAAGAGUACGGGUCAGCUAGACACGAAGGAGGGCAAGAUCAACACUAAAUACGGCCAAUUGGAUCUAGUAAAGCAAACCGUAUCGUUUGUGGAUCCGAAGACGGGUAAGACAGAAACGAAGGAAAUUAAGGUAGAUCCGGUAACUGGGCAGGUGUUGUUGAAGAAUCAGCUAAACCCGAAAACGGGCAAAUCGGACAAAGAUUACGGACGUAUUGUUUCGAUUCGCAUCGUGCAUAACCGCAUCGAUCCGGUGACGGGUAAGCACGUUCCGGCGGCACCGGUCGACGACAAGGAUGUGCGUGUGGACGCUAAAACGAACCAAGUAUGGUUGCCGGAUGGCGGCAAGGAUCCGAAGACGGGUGAAACAAUUUACACCUCCAGUCAGGUCGAUCCGAAAACGGGCUUCGUUAUCACGAUCUACGGUUAUCUCAACCCGAAGACGAACGAAAUCGAACGACAGUCCAAAUUGGACCCGAACCUCACGAAGAUUGAUCCAUCUACGGGUCAGAUUUAUGCCGCUACUGGGCAGGUGGACGAAACCACUGGUGAACCGCUGUUCGCUGCGACACAAAUCAACGAAGAGGACGGCGAAAUCUACACCAAGGUGGGCCGUAUCGAUCCGAAAUCAGGCAGACUAGUCAUCAUCAAGAUCUUUAUCAUGACGAAGAAGGACGAGCGUGGCAAACCGGAGGAGCUCGAUGUGAGUGCGGUCGAUCUGGAUCCGGAGACUGGACACAUCCGAAACGUGGCACCGAAAACACUCUACCUGUACAAGAUGCGUGAUCCGAUCACUGGCGAAACAUACAACGUUGAUCCGAACGAUCCGCGGAUCGCAGGCGCCAGAACAACCGUAACACAGACGAUGACAUUGAGCGGCGAGAUCGAUCCAGUUACCGGACGCAUCAAGUCCGAGUGGGGUCACAUCGAUCCGAACACGGGCGACAUUGAUCCAGCGACAGCAAUCCGUGAUCCAGUCACUGGCAAACUAAUCCUCAACUACGCCGACAUAGAGCCGAGCCACUUCGGCAAGAACGUAACCGUGACGAAGGAAACUGUCCCCAUUACCCGCGAACAGUUCUACGAAGGUAUCAAACAUAUGGGCAAGAAGGCGACCCGCCGGGACUCGGAAAGCUCGGACGAUGAUAUGACCGCACAGUACGGUAAGGAAAACGUCAAGGAGAUCAACUCAGGCAGUGCGGUCGGUAGUAAGCAGAAUGCUGCCGGCACUCCGACCGUGGUUAAGACGACCACCAAGCAGGUGAUCACCAAGAACGAGGACGGCGUUACGCAUAAUGUUGAGGAGGAAGUGCAAAAUCUAGGCACCGGCCAGAUUGUGUACUCCACGCAAGAGCACAAGGCCGAUGCCCCGUCUGGUACGGAUGCAGGUAAAUUUGUGACGGCGACCGCUGUCACCACGCGUACCGCCACAACCCAUGAAGAUCUGGGCACGAAUGCUAAAACGCAACAACUCGAGGAGAAAACGGUUGCCACGACCACUACCCAGCACGGUGAGCGACAGGAGCAGCGUGUUAUAACGCAGGAAGUGAAAACUACUGCCACUGUGACGAGUGGGGAUCAGUAUGCGCGUCGUGACAGUGUCUCAUCAUCGAGUUCCGGCGAUUCUGGAACACCGAUCGAUGGCCCCUACGGAGACGAUUCAUUAUCGGAGGUCAUCUACAACAAGUCCUACACGGGAGCUGAUAAUGUUGCCGGUGCCUCACAGAUUCCGGAAGGACCAAAUGUGGAACAUCGGCGUGUGGUGCUGGAUGAUCUUGCCGAAGGUGGCACCACUACCCAUGGUGAAAUUGUAUCGUCCCAGACGGUAUCUAGCAAAACGCGAACCGUUGAAACAAUUACCUACAAAACGGAACGGGACGGUGUAGUGGAGACACGUGUCGAACAGAAAAUCACCAUCCAAUCCGAUGGUGAUCCAAUCGACCAUGACAAGGCCCUUGCGGAGGCAAUUCAGGAAGCAACCGCUAUGAAUCCGGAUAUGACGGUGGAGAAGAUUGAAAUUCAACAGCAAACGCAAUAA